AUGCUCUGCGCCCUAUGCUCUGUGCCCCAUGCUCUGUGCCCCAUGCUCUGUGCCCCAUGCUCUGUGCCCCAUGCUCUGCGCCCCAUGCUCUGCGCCCCAUGCUCUGCGCCCUAUGCUCUGCGCCCCAUGCUCUGUGCCCCAUGCUCUGUGCCCCAUGCUCUGUGCCCCAUGCUCUGUGCCCCAUGCUCUGUGCCCCAUGCUCUGUGCCCCAUGCUCUGUGCCCCAUGCUCUGUGCCCCAUGCUCUGUGCCCCAUGCUCUGUGCCCCAUGCUCUGUGCCCCAUGCUCUGUGCCCCAUGCUCUGUGCCCCAUGCUCUGUGCCCCAUGCUCUGUGCCCCAUGCUCUGUGCCCCAUGCUCUGUGCCCCAUGCUCUGUGCCCCAUGCUCUGUGCCCCAUGCUCUGUGCCCCAUGCUCUGUGCCCCAUGCUCUGUGCCCCAUGCUCUGUGCCCCAUGCUCUGUGCCCCAUGCUCUGUGCCCCAUGCUCUGUGCCCCAUGCUCUGUGCCCCAUGCUCUGUGCCCCAUGCUCUGUGCCCCAUGCUCUGUGCCCCAUGCUCUGUGCCCCAUGCUCUGUGCCCCAUGCUCUGUGCCCCAUGCUCUGUGCCCCAUGCUCUGUGCCCCAUGCUCUGUGCCCCAUGCUCUGUGCCCCAUGCUCUGUGCCCCAUGCUCUGUGCCCCAUGCUCUGUGCCCCAUGCUCUGUGCCCCAUGCUCUGUGCCCCAUGCUCUUGGAGCCUCCGGCGGCCAGUCUACGGUCUCCGCCAGGCGCCCCGUGA